GGCGCCCCACGGCGGGAAGAGAACAGCCCGCCGGGCGCGAUGCGCGCCCCGCCCGCCCAGGCCGUCCCCGGGCUGCCUCUAGCACUUGCGCGCCGCGGCCGGGCCGCGGGCUCUGAGCGCGCCGCCGCACAGGAUUCUGCAUCAGAAGCAUGUAAAAUAGAUUGUUUGGUCUAAAAUAGAAAACAGCGGCAAUGUUUUGCUGAGUUUCCAGACCUUUCCCAACAUGGAACCAAUAACCUUCACAGCAAGGAAACAUCCAUUUCCUAGCGAGGUCUCGGUGGAAUUUAGCCUCCAGCUGGUGGGCUUCUUACCCGUGCAUUCUCUGACCACCAUGCCCAUGCUGCCUUGGGUCGUGGCAGAGGUGCGAAGGCUCAGCGGGCAGUCCUCCACAAAGGAGUCUGGUACCAAGCAAGUCCACCUUUGUGUUUCGCCCUCCGGACUGAGAUGUGAGCCUGAACCAGGGAAAAGCCAACAAUGGGAUCCACUGAUCUGUUCCAGCAUCUUCGAGUGUAAGCCUCAGCGAGUUCACAGACUGAUUCAUAACAGUCACGACCCAAGUUAUUUUGCUUGUCUGAUUAAAGACGAUGCAGCCAGUCAGCAGAGUAUCUGCUAUGUGUUCAAAGCCGACGGUCAAACAAAAGUGCCUGAGAUCAUCAGCUCCAUCCGGCAGGCCGGGAAAAUCGCCCGCCAGGACGAGCUCCGCUGCCCUUCCGAGUUCGAUGACACGUUUGCCAAGAAGUUUGAGGUGCUGUUCUGCGGCCGCGUGGCGGUGGCGCACCGGAAGGCCCCGCCCGCCCUGAUCGAUGAGUGCAUCGAGGGCUUCAGCCACGUGAGUGGCGGCGGCUUCUCCUCGGAUCAGCUCCGGGCUGCGCCGCAGCCGCCGGGGGACCGGGAGCAGGGCCCACGGCCGAUGCGCAAGUCCUUCUCCCAGCCCGGGCUGCGCUCCUUGGCCUUCAGGAAGGAGUUUCAGGAUGCAGGCCUGCGGAGUAGUAGUUUUUUCAGCUCCUUUGAGGAGAACGACAUCGAGAACCACCUGAUUAGUGGACACAGUAUUGUGCAGCCGACGGAUAUUGAGGAAAAUCGAACUAUGCUCUUCACGAUUGGUCAGUCUGAAGUUUACCUCAUCAGUCCUGACACCAAAAAAAUAGCGUUGGAGAAAAAUUUUAAGGAGAUAUCCUUUUGCUCUCAGGGUAUUAGACAUGUGGACCACUUUGGGUUUAUCUGCCGAGAGUCUUCGGGAGGUGGAGGCUUUCAUUUUGUCUGUUACGUGUUUCAGUGCACAAAUGAAGCUCUGGUGGAUGAGAUCAUGAUGACCCUGAAGCAGGCCUUCACAGUGGCCGCGGUGCAGCAGACAGCGAAGGCGACGGCCCAGCUGUGUGAGGGCUGCCCCCUGCAGGGCCUGCACAAGCUCUGUGAGCGGAUUGAGGGAAUGAAUUCUUCCAAAACCAAACUAGAACUCCAGAAGCACCUGACAACAUUAACUAAUCAGGAGCAAGCAACUAUUUUUGAGGAGGUUCAGAAAUUGAGACCAAGAAAUGAGCAGCGAGAGAAUGAAUUGAUUGUUUCUUUCCUGAGAUGUUUAUAUGAAGAGAAACAAAAAGUUCACGUCCAUAUUGGGGAGAUAAAGCAGGCAUCACAGAUUGCAGCAGAGAAUAUUGGAAGUGAAUUACCAUCUAGUGCCACUCGAUUUAGGCUAGAUAUGCUGAAAAACAAAGCGAAGAGAUCUUUAACGGAGUCUUUAGAAAGUAUUUUGUCCCGGGGUAAUAAAGCCAGAGGCCUCCAGGAGCACUCCGCCAGUCUGGAUCUGGACAGCUCCGUGUCUAGCACAUUAGGUAGCACCAGCAAAGAGCCGUCUGUGUGUGAAAAGGAGGCCUUUCCCAUCUCUGAGAGCUCCUUCAGACUCCUGGGCUCCUCGGAUGACCUGUCCAGUGGCUCAGAGAGCCACACCGCAGAAGAGCCAGCCCUGCUGUCACCCCAGCAGGGCUUCAGGAGGCGCGCCAACACUCUGAGUCACGUCCCCGUGGAAUGCCAGCAGCCUCUGCAGCAGGCACAGGGAUCUCCAGGGGUCUCGCAAAGGAAACUUGUGAGGUACCACUCAGUGAGCACAGAGACGCCUCAUGAACGAAAGGACUUUGAGUCCAAAGCCAGCCAUCUUGGUGAUGCCAGCGGGACCCCCGUAAAGACACGGAGACACUCGUGGAGGCAGCAGAUCUUCCUUCGAGUGGCCACCCCACAGAAAGCCUGCGAUUCUCCCGGCAGACACGAAGAUUAUUCAGAGCUGGGAGAGCUUCCCCCACGAUCUCCUCUAGAACCAGUUUGUGAAGAUGGACCCUUUGGCCCUGUCCCAGAGGAAAAGAAAAGGACAUCUCGUGAACUUCGAGAGCUGUGGCAAAAGGCCAUUCUACAACAGAUACUGCUCCUCAGGAUGGAGAAGGAAAAUCAGAAGCUGCAAGCCUCUGAGAAUGAUUUGCUGAACAAGCGCCUAAAGCUUGAUUAUGAAGAAAUCACUCCUUGUCUUAAAGAAGUAACUACAGUGUGGGAAAAGAUGCUUACCACUCCAGGAAGAUCAAAAAUUAAGUUUGACAUGGAAAAAAUGCACUCGGCUGUUGGGCAAGGUGUGCCGCGACAUCACCGGGGCGAAAUCUGGAAAUUCCUAGCAGAGCAAUACCACCUAAAACACCCGUUUCCCAGUAAACAGCAGCCAAAGGACACGCCAUACAAAGAGCUCUUAAAGCAGCUCACCUCCCACCAGCACGCCAUUCUCAUCGACCUCGGGCGAACCUUUCCAACACAUCCAUACUUCUCUGCUCAGCUAGGAGCGGGGCAGCUGUCACUUUACAACAUUUUGAAGGCCUACUCGCUUCUAGACCAGGAAGUAGGCUAUUGCCAAGGUCUCAGCUUUGUAGCAGGCAUUCUGCUGCUUCAUAUGGGCGAAGAAGAGGCAUUCAACAUGCUCAAGUUUCUGAUGUUUGACGUGGGUCUGCGGAAACAGUAUCGGCCAGACAUGAUUAUUUUACAGAUCCAGAUGUACCAGCUCUCGAGGCUGCUCCACGACUACCACCGAGACCUGUACAAUCACCUGGAGGAGCACGAGAUCGGCCCCAGCCUCUACGCCGCGCCCUGGUUCCUCACAGUGUUUGCCUCGCAGUUCCCCCUGGGGUUCGUAGCCAGAGUCUUUGAUAUGAUCUUUCUUCAGGGAUCAGAGGUCAUAUUUAAAGUGGCUUUAAGUCUGUUGGGAAGCCAUAAGCCCUUGAUUCUGCAACAUGAAAACCUAGAAACUAUAGUUGACUUUAUAAAAAGCACGCUACCCAACCUGGGCUUGGUGCAGAUGGAAAAGACCAUCAGUCAGGUGUUUGUGAUGGACAUCUCUAAACAGUUACAAGCUUAUGAAGUUGAGUACCAUGUGCUUCAGGAAGAACUUAUCGAUUCCUCUCCUCUCAGUGACAACCGAAGAAUGGACAGAUUAGAGAAAACCAACAGCAGCUUACGCAAACAGAACCUUGACCUCCUUGAACAACUGCAGGCUGAUGCCAUGUGGGUUUUUUGUGAUGAAGAGGGGAAGUAAUUUUGCGCUGCUCCUGUGAUACUGUACCCCUUUUGUGAAGAGAGGGAGUUGUGAAAAGCUGCUCAGACAUCUCCGUCCUCAAGAAACGCAUCAAGAGGUGAUUGGUAACAACAGAUGUCCUCCUUGGAAUGAUCUUUCUCUUGACCACGUGGCUCUGUGCUUCUGGACGUAUCAUUGAAGACUAGAGCUUAUGCCGGUUCCAGCUGUGCUGGGUGCCAGAGGCCACCAAAAUUUGUAAGACACUGCUGCUCUCAAAGAGUUGGGCUAGGGAUUGUGGUGUGUCCGUUUGUGGGUGCCUGCAUAUAGUUUUCUCAUUACCCUCUGAGUCAUGUGGAAUUACUUUCAGCCAGACCACAUAAGUUCUGUGAGACUCACACCUCUUUUCCCUUUUUUCUUUUUUUUAAAAAUAGUUUUCAGAGUCCAGGGAUAGCUGUUCAAUGCAAUACUUAAUUUUCCAACAUAAAUCUUUGCUUUUUUGCCCAAGUAUCAAAAUUGACCUGCUUCCUGGCUUUGUUCCAUUCAUACAGUUGUUGGACCAUACCAAAACCCCAUCUCUUUUCUUGUUAAACACUUAAGAAUGUCAUCUAGCCGCUGGAGACUAAACUGUCUUAGCUCUUCUGUCCAGCAGCGUACUUACGACGAUUGCUUAGACAUGUCUGAUGUUGCCAAAUGCUAAGGGACGUGCAUUUUUUGGAAUAAUCCGCUACCAGUCAUUGAGUGCCCGUGAGCCGGGUGCUUUGGGAGGCCAGACCCACAUGCAGGGUGAGGUGUGUUUUCUUCUGUGAGACAGCUUCAGUCUCACCGAGGAGGAGACCUGAUGUUCGUGCUGGCCAGUAAAUGACCAUGCACAUCAGCUCACUGCUAAGCUGAGAGGUGCCCCUGGGAGUGCUGUGGCCUUCAGAAGGAGUGGUCCCUGGAGGGGAUGAGGUGGGACCCGUCCCAGGCCUUGACCGUGGGGAGGAGUGUGAGGGUCGGAGAGGACUGCUUGGACAUACCCACUCAGCGUGACCGCCCCCUGCCUGGUAAGCCGGCAAACUUAGGAUCUCAGUCCUUUCUUCUUUCUGUUUAGAGUGUUCCAGUGUCACAGCCAGACCUAGGCUUUGAGUCAUAGAAUUGUCUGUCUAGCACAAGUGUUGUCUUGUUCAAGAAGCUGCUUCCCUUGUUUUGAAAACGAGAGAAAAAAUAUGUACUGUUGUUCCCACCUAAAAUCUACGGGGACACGUAGACGGCCGGUCAGAUGAGCGAGCCACUGCAGUGCCUUACUGACCCCGGGCCCGAGCACUCGAGAAUGCAGCGGAGAGCUGGAAUUGGCCAGGAGGCCCGGGGACAGCAACGUAGGAGGCUGCUUUUCUCCGGAAACUCCUCCGCUUCACUGGGGCCAACUCACUGGUUGCCUGGGAAGCCAGCCCGAGGGGACUAGAGAGAAGAGGAGGGUCCGUUGCAAGAGAGAAGCACCUGGAAGGUCGGCCUGACACUGAUUGUGUGCUGAGGAUGCGGACGGGUGGGAGUGGGGACACUGCUGGCGUCUGUGGCCAGUGAGGCCAUGCACGUGACCCUCUUAGCAGAGCUCGGCCACCCUGAGCGCUCCACACACGUUCCCGGGGAAAUGCCCGUCCUUGUUACUGUUAAAGGUUCAGAGUAGAGAGCUGUUACUACGUGGGCCUUCACAUAGAAACCAUUUUGAUGGUCUGUCUGAAAUCAGUUUGUACCUGUAAAUACACGUAUUUGUCAAAGUGGGCCAGACUGUGCUGCAGUAACAACGCUCCAGACCCCAGGGCUCAGCACCGCAGACCCUCCACCGUGUCUCCACGAAGCAUUCUCAGGCCGUUUCACAGCUGUCCUCCUGUAGCGGGUGACUCGGGAAUCGGGCUCCCUCUGCACUGGGAAGCCGCCAUCUCCACAGGCGGCUUCCAGAGUAGCCACGACAGGGGAAGAGGGUGCUGGAGGAUCUCGGGGCGGCCCAGCCCACCUGCGAGGAGUCUUCCACUGUGGCCAGAACUGAGAGUAAACGUGGAGAGAUGUGUCUCUGCCAGAACAGGGCUCCAGAGUGCCUUCGAGAAUGGACAGUGGAGUGCAGAGUGGAUCUCCCAUGUUCUCCCCGGGCAGUUCCAUUCUCAUUUCUUUUAUU